CUGUUGGACAAGUUGCAAUUUGCAUUUCUUGUUCCUUGAAUCAUCACCAAAUAUCAGCCUGAUUACGCCCAGACGCAGCCCCGAACGACAAGAAGAUCGAUGGCAACGCUCACAAAGAUAUACGCCUUAUGUGCCGUGUUACUGGCUUUCCUCUUCACUUUCUUGAACUCUGCUCAGUUGGAUGGCGGCAAGCUAUGUCUGCCAGAAAAACAUGCUUCCUUAUUCAUCUUUGGGGAUUCCUUAUUCGAUGCUGGAAACAACAACUAUAUCAACACCACUACCGAUUUUCAGGCAAAUUUUGGCCCGUACGGUGACACCUUCUUUAAGUACCCGACCGGUAGAUUUUCCAAUGGUCGUCUAAUCCAAGAUUUCAUUGCUGAGUAUGCAACGUUGCCGUUAAUUACACCGUAUUUACAUCCUGGUUAUCAUCGUUAUAUUGAUGGGGCAAACUUCGCAUCAGGAGGAGCCGGUGCUCUUGUUGAAACUCACCAAGGAUCGGUGAUAGACCUAAAGACUCAACUGAGUUAUUUCAAGAAUUUGGCGAGGUUGUUUGGGGAAAAACUAGGCCAUGCAGAAGCCAAGACAUUUCUAGGUAGAGCAGUUUAUUUAAUUAACAUUGGAGGCAACGAUUAUUUAGUCCCUUUCAAUUCCAAUUCCACUGUGCUUCAAUCCAUUUCUCGAGAAGAAUAUGUAGAUAUGGUGAUUGGCAACUUGACAAUUGUGAUCAAAGAAAUAUAUAAGGAGGGAGGAAGGAAAUUCGGGUUUCUGAGCAUGCUGCCAUUGGGUUGUUUACCAUUCACGAAAGUACUAAAACCGGGAAAUACUGGUGCAUGCAUAGAGGAAAUUACAGCACUAGCAAAACUACAUAAUAAAGCACUUCCUAAAGUCCUCCAGAAGCUAGAGCGUCAGCUCAAUGGAUUCAGAUAUUCAAUUGCCGAUGGGUACACUGCUUUUAGUGAAAGAAUAAAUAACCCUUCAAAAUAUGGGUUCAAGGAAGGGAAGAUUGCAUGUUGUGGAAGCGGUCCAUACAGAGGAAUACUGAGUUGUGGAGGAGUGAGGUCAGUGAAAGGGUAUGAAUUAUGUGAGAAUGCUAGUGAAUAUGUGUUCUUUGACUCAGCUCAUCUGUCUGAAAGGGCAAACCAACAAGUGGCUAAGCUAAUGUGGAGCGGAACUUCUAAUGUUACUGGAGCUUACAAUCUCAAAGAUCUGUUUGAACUCUCACCAAUGUAAGAUUUGAUAAGGAACGAUCGAUCUAGCGACUCAUAAAUGUUGUCGAUCUAUAAAAUAAAAAUAAACGAACGAGGAAGAAAAAAGGUAAUAAAUAUGUUGUGUAAUUCAAAUCCUCA